AGCGCGGCCCCCGGGGCCAGCGGGGCGGACCAUGAACCUGGUGGGGGGCUACCAGCAGCACCACCACCACCACCACCAUCACCACCAUAUGCUGCACGACCCCUUCCUCUUCGGGCCGGCGGCGCGGUGCCACCAGGAGCGCGCCUACUUCCCCGGCUGGGUGCUCAACCCGGCCGAGGUGACCCCCGAGCUCGCCGGGCAAAGCCCUAGCUACGGCCCCGCCGAGUACGGCCCGGCCGGCCAGGGGCGGCUGGAGGUUCUCAGCGGCCGCCUGGGCCGGCGGAAAGGGGUCGGAGGACCCAAGAAAGAGCGACGGAGGACGGAGAGCAUCAACAGCGCCUUCGCCGAGCUCCGCGAGUGCAUCCCCAACGUGCCCGCCGACACCAAGCUCUCCAAGAUCAAGACCCUGCGCCUGGCCACCAGCUACAUCGCCUACCUGAUGGAGGUGCUGGCCAAGGACAGCCAGCCCGGGGACACCGAGGGCUUCAAAGCCGAGCUCAAGAAGGCCGACGGCAGGGAGAACAAGAGGAAAAGGGAGACGCAGCCCGAGGUCUACUCGCAGCCUUUGGGCCACGGCGAGAAGAAGCUGAAGGGCCGCACGGGUUGGCCCCAGCAGGUCUGGGCUCUGGAACUGAACCCCUGAGGGCUGCCCCGCCGCCCCGACGGCGCUCCCCGCUCGCCCUUCCAUGUGCAAUGUCGGAGAGAGCCCGGCCUGGCCCCCGGAGCCCAUCCAGGCGCAGGAUGCGGGUACCUGGCCCGGCUCCCCCCCCCUGCCCCGCCGAGACGGAUGCUCCGCGGGAGACAAGCGAAGGGCGCCUUGCGGGGCCGGAUCCUGCCCGCCCCGUCGGCAGCGGGGAUCGGCCGGGCCAUUUCCCCCCUCGCCCCUUCCCCCGUUUGCAGUAAUCGUUGCUCCUUCCCACUGUCGGCAGCGAUCGGCGGCUCCUGCCCUCCCGGGCCGGCCUGAAACGGUUUGAUUCGUUUGCUGUUGUAAAUACGAGCCCCCACCCCGUCCCCGUCCGCUGCCUGACCGACGUGUGGCUGCGGUGAAACUACCUAGAGGUGCAUUUGGGAACACUCCUGUGCCGGGUUUUCUACCUCAGAUCUGCAUGACCACUUCCCGAGGGACCGGGCGCACCACACCACGUAUUUAAAAUGG